UUCUACUGGAUGUAGCCCUCGUUGUGUUGGAUGUUCAUUCUUAGUUGUCUUGGCGUUUCUUCUUGGUGUUCUUUAAACUGUUACGUCUAGAAAAGUGGAAGUUUUUAAAUGGAUUUGAUGAAAUUAUCUGGAUGCGCGUUGAUUUUAAUCAGCGUCUCCGCGUGCGCGUCAAAGCUUCUCGGUGACAUUUACGAGCCCAGAGGCCAACAGAUCUGCAAGCGUGGCACUGAGAAGCCCUGCUAUAAAAUCGCCUAUUUUCAGGAUAGCCAACGUAAACUCAACUUUGAAGAUGCAAGCCGAGCCUGCAGGAGUGAUGGUGGUGACCUUCUCAGUAUUGAGUCUAAAUCUGAGCAGAAGUUGAUAGAGACUUUUAUCUACGAAUUGAAAGCAUCGGAUGGAGACUUCUGGAUAGGGCUCCGUAGGGAUCAAGGCUAUGAGGAGAUGAAUGGAAACUGCCCAUCCCAGUACUACUGGCUGGAUGGAAGCCAGGCAACCUUCAGGAAUUGGCACUUGGACGAGCCUUCUUGUGGGUUUGAGGUGUGUGUUGUGAUGUACCAUCAGCCCUCUGCUCCUCCUGGUCAGGGUGGCCCUUACAUGUUCCAGUGGAAUGAUGACAAUUGUGAAACCAAGAACAACUUUAUCUGCAAGUACACUAAAGAUAAACUUGCAGCACCAAUCCCUAAAGAAAAUGGAACAUUUGGAGAUGCUCUUCCGACACCCAAAAUACCCAGAGACCCUUCUGCCACAGUGAAUGAUGAUGGCAUGAGGGUGGUUCUAUCUAACCCUGCAGACAGUGCUCUCAAUAUUGCCUACAUUGUACUGCCUACCAUACCACUACUUCUGCUACUGAUUGUUGCAACUGGAGUUUUCUGCAUCAAGCUUUUCACAAAGAGGAAGAAAGAACAAUCUCAGACCUGUCCAAAGGAAACUGGAUAUUGGGCAGCAGGGGAAAGAUGCCAAAACCCGAGCCCUGAUGUCUACAAUGUCAUCCGAAGGCAGCAUGAAUCCGACCUAGCCGGCACACGCCCUGACAUCAAGAACACUUCCUUCCUGGGUUCUUCUCCAGACACUCCACCGGGAGAUUAUGACAACCUGGCAAGCAGGGACACUGAGAGUGGUUUUGUGACACUGGCCAGCACUGAGAGCGGCUUUGUUACCAAUGAUAUGUAUGACACGCUGCAAGGCCGUGGAAAUGGGAAAUACUACAGAGACCAAGGAUGGAUGGAUGAAUUAUAUGACUACUGAAAUGCAAGAAGAACAUUAGUUUGAUCCUGGAUUCUCCCUUUGAGAAUAAAGCAAUAGUGGCUGUUGAUCUGUUCACCAAGUGUUGGUGUAAGAUAUCCAAUAUUAGUAUAGGUUUGAAACUGUGGAGCACUACAGCUUAAAAGAACAUUCAAAUGAGGUCUGAAAAUGUGUGGACUCUGUGCAGCCUUACUUUAGGAUCUUCAAUAUGCAUUACAUGAAUGAGAGAGAACAGUUCUACAUUAUAUUUUCCAUCUACCAUAAAUGUAAUGGCUACCAGAGUUUCAGUGGAGCAACAUCUGAAGUUUGCGGGUACUACAUUAGUAUCAGAUGUAGCUUUUUACCUAUGUUUCUAGUUUUUUUUUUUUUGUAGACCCCCAUUACACAUGCUAAAAUAACCACAACUGUAAUACUAACCAGUUUCUCAAUGCAUCUUCAAGCCAAUUUUGGCUACUGCAAGUAUGAUUUGAGAAGCACGCCAAUGGUGAUACAACUUUAAAAAGAUGAAAUAUUAUAAUAUUUCAACAAACUGCUCAACAAAUCAUAAUGAGAUGGCUUGGGGAUGAGCUUGGAUGUUUUGCAUGACCCUGUUAUGAUGCUUUUUUUGAAUGUGCUGUAUUGGACUCAGUAAGAACACUGUGACAGUCUCUUCCAGACUGUCUUUUUCUGUGAAAUAAUGAAUGACCAAAAAUCCUUCAAGUUUCUUAUGCAAAAAUAUUUGAAUGUGUAUGCAGUGAUGUUGA